AUGAGCAAUGCAAUGGUGGCUUCGACCACGAAUCAUCCGAUGAUGACAGUGAUCGGACAACAACAACAACGACAACAACAACGAAAUCAGCAAUAUGGAAAAGUGAACGAAGAAACUCUGGCUUCUUGCAGUCGCACAUUGAAUGCAUCCUUCGAAAAGGCAUUAGAACUAUCCGCUGUGAACAUAUCAACUGAUACAUCGCCGACAGAGCAGAGCAGUAACAUGUCUCUUCCCAGCGUCCGUCAAAUGGCAAAAGAUUUUGAAGAGAAACGAAAGAUCUUCAAGGAACAACAACAACAACAGCAGCAGCAGCAGCUUGACAACAACAACAACAACAACAACACAUCCGCAGUUUUGUCAAAUUUUGGCAUGCCCCUAUCUCCAAUUCCAAUGAAGAACGACAGCGAGGAAUCACCUUUAGCAAUUUGUGAAAAGUGUAAUCAUCCAGGCGGACCAACGAAGCAGACAUGUCUUAUUAUUACGACACCACCCAAGAUUCUUCGAAAAGAUGCCGAUUGUGAGACGAUUCUAUCAUCAGAAGAACAAGAAAACAGUAAGAACACGGCGGAGUAUGUGAAUGAAAAGGAUCUUUUCGAUACUCCAGAUAAGCAAGCAUUCUUGUCGGAAGCACCAUUUCAAUACGACACUCCGCCUCAGAAAAAGUUAUUUGGGGACGACAAUGCCAUUUACUUUGGGCAUUUGGUUCCUUCCACGGGAGUGGAAAACGAAGUAGAUACCCCCAAAACUUGCAAUACGUCUAACCUAUCCAGUUCCUUUCUUGUGUCGCAAAUUGCCUUUGAUCCCAACAAGACGAAUCCUCCUGUGGACCCGGAGGAGUCCUUUGAAACAUUCUAUAGCCAAGAUUCUAAUGCCAACCGGAAACGAUCCUACUUUGACGAUACCUUUGACUCUUCUACUGACAAUAUCCAAGAGAAGGAUCUUCCGUCAAGCAGAAAAAGUAGUACCUUGUUCGGACGAGCUGAAAACCUUUUCUAUUCCCAGGUAGAUACUCUUGUCGACAAGUUCGUCAUGGCCUGUGUCCAGGAAAAGGAUAUUGUUGCUCCCGGUCGUGGUGUGAACACCAAGAAGAAGAAGAAGUCAACAAGAAGCGGUAAGAAGACUACAACAACAACCACCACAACGAGUGAGGACGGCACCACCAGUCGCCAGCCUCGGGUGGCAAAUGUGUAA